AUGGCAAAGUCAGCAAUCGCUGAGGUAGCCCAGUCUGGCUUUGCUCCAGCUGCUGCUUAUGAUGCCUAUCGCCCGACAUAUCCGGACGAGGCAGUCGCGCAGCUCCUGCAAGCACUGGAGGUCACGGGCGUCAAAGGAGCAAAAGUCGCCGAUCUCGCAGCUGGCACUGGCAAAUUCACCGAGAUACUAGCAAGAAGACCGGAAGAAUACGACAUUGUUGCCAUCGAACCACACGAUGGGAUGCGAAGUCAAUUGGAGCAGAAGAGCCUACCUCGUGUGCGGGUCGUGAAAGGAACGGCGGAGAACAUGUCGGACGUGCAGGAUGAGAGUCUGGCGGCCGUCCUCGCAGCACAAUCAUUUCAUUGGUUUGCCAAUAUGGACGCCUUGAAAGAAAUCGCGCGAGUGCUUAAGCCCACAGGCGUUCUAGGAUUGAUCUGGAAUAUCGAUGACUACAACGCACCGAAGUCAUGGUCAAUCCACGACGGCUGGGAAAAGACCGUGCAGGAGGUUGUCUGGACGUUCGCCGACGAUGCGCCACGCUUUCGGCACGAGAAGUGGCGGCAAGUCUUCGACGACCAAAACGCGAGUAAUCCGCUGAGCUUGCAUUUCGCCGACCCGCUGUUCGGCCUGCCAUUAGGUGAAGGUUCCGUCGAGUUCACCACCUGGCUGUCGAAGGAGGAUCUCUGGGGUCGAUUAAGGACGUUAAGUCAGCUGGCAGUGCUGGAAGGUGAAGAGUUGGAGCAUGUAAGAAGGAGGUUUGAGGAGAGUCUGGAGUCGGACGGCACGCAGGUAGAUGACGCUGGGAGGAUUGCCGUUCAUGGUCGGACUGUCUUCUUCUGGACCAGCAAGAUACCUGCUGAACCGCUCAUAAGUGGUGGCUAG